AUGGAGAUCCAAGCCAUUUUGCUGCUUCUUCUCCAGCUCAUAAUCUCUCUUCACCUUUGCACUUCAUCCACCACAGACACCUUGAAUCUGAACGAAACUCUUGCAGAUGGUCAGGUGCUGGUCUCCAAUGGAGAAAGGUACACCCUUGGUUUCUUCAGCCCCGUGAAUUCAACCAAUCGCUACCUCGGAAUCUGGUACACCAAAGUCUCCGUACAAACUGUCGUCUGGGUUGCCAAUGGAGACGAUCCCAUCAACGACACCUCCGGAGUGCUCUCCAUCGCCGGCCAAGGUGGCGACAUGAUUUUGGCACAGGGGAGCAGCAACUCUUCCUCUGCUCCUGUGUGGUCUGCGAAUGUCUCUGCAGGAGGCAACAACACGAUGGCUCGGCUGCUCGACGAGGGUAAUUUCGUGCUGCUUCGAUCGGAUGGUGGUGGUAGGACGACGAUUCUGUGGCAGAGCUUGGAUCAUCUGUCGGAUACGAUCUUCCCAAACACGAAGUUUGGGUCGGAUCGUAGAACAGGAUUGAACCGAUCGGUUCGAUCCUGGAAAUCCCCUGCCGAUCCUGCGGCAGGGGUCUGGUCUUAUGACUUGGAUCCGAAGGGCGGCGCGCCUCAGCUGGUUCUGUACAAUGGUCGGACCAAAUGGUGGAGGAGCGGCCCAAGGAACGGAAUCAGCUGGAGUGGAGUUCCUGACAUGUCACGUACUCCCUUCUUCAGCAUAAGUAUUGUCAACGACGGGAGUGAAUCCACCAUUGCUUUGGGACUUCUAGAUCCCUCCAUCAUAUCAAGGUUGUACGUGGAUCCAUCGGGAUAUGUGAAGCUCGCCACAUGGCACGAUGAGGACCGACGAUGGAUUGAGUUUUGGAGUGACCCCAAGGAGCCGUGUGACUAUUAUGGUCAUUGUGGUCCGAAUGGGAAAUGCGAUCCUUAUAAUACGGCGGUGUUCGAAUGCGGCUGCCUUCCGGGAUUCGAACCCAGAUCCCAGAACGACUGGAAUCUGAGAGAUGGUUCGGGAGGGUGCGUCAGGAAGCACACAGGAGGAAAUUCGACCUGUGGAGAUGGUGACGGGUUUGUGAAAGUGGGAAAUGCUAAAGUUCCCGACAUGGAAUUCGGAAGCUUGAAUGUUGGCCUGGAUUUGAACAAGUGUGAACAAGAGUGUUUGAUGAAUUGUUCCUGUAUGGCUUAUGCGAGUGCUAAUUUGAUCACUGGAAUCGGGUGCUUGACAUUUUAUGGGGAUUUGAUGGAUACUAGAGUGUUUACCGAUGGUGGACAGGACUUGUACGUUCGAGUAGAUGCAGGUGAAUACAAUCAAAAGAUGAAAGCACAUAAGCUGAAGAAGGUGAUCGUUGUUGUGGCAUCUCUGGGUGCAGCCACCAUUGUUGGGAUUUCAAUUGUGUUUUACUUGCUGAAAAGGAAAAGAAAAGGUAAACUAAUUAAGACUCAAGUGAGCUUAUCAUUUGAAAUAUUGUUGGUUGCUAACUCUGGAACAGAGUACAGUGUCAAGAAGGAAAACUUGUACAGAGAUAAAGAUUCCUCUGUACCAAUAUUUGAAGUAAAUGACAUAUUUGUUGCCACGGGAAAUUUCUCUUUGACUAAUAAGCUUGGACAAGGUGGAUUUGGUUCGGUUUACAAGGGUUUGCUACGUGAUGGUAGAGAAGUCGCUGUGAAAAGACUAUCUCAUACUUCAACACAGGGAGUCCAGGAAUUCAAGAAUGAAGUUAGGAUUGUAUCUAAACUCCAACACAAGAAUUUAGCGAGGCUAUAUGGUUGUUGCAUUAAUGGAGAGGAGAAGAUGUUGGUCUACGAGUACUUGCCAAACAGAAGUUUGGACAUUUUCAUCUUCGAUAAAACAAGAAAUUCGUCACUAGAUUGGAAGAGACGAUUUGAUAUCAUUAUUGGGAUUGCUCGGGGUAUAUUGUACCUACACCAAGAUUCAAGGUUAAAAAUCAUCCAUAGAGAUUUAAAACCUAGCAAUGUUCUACUUGAUGCUGCGAUGAACCCCAAAAUCUCGGACUUCGGAAUGGCUAGGUUAUUUGGAGAAGAACAAACCGAGGCCAAUACAAAUAGAGUUGUCGGGACAUAUGGGUAUAUGUCACCAGAAUACGCAAUGAAAGGUCUAUACUCGACGAAAUCAGACGUAUUCAGCUUUGGGGUAUUGACACUCGAGAUUAUUAGUGGCAUGAGAAGCAACCAGUCUUACGAGGGAAGUCCAUCAUUUAGCUUGAUUGCUCAUGUCUGGGACUUGUGGAGAGAAGGAAGAGCCAUGGAAAUCGUGAACCCAUCAACAAUGGUCGAACCGUACUCCGCAGAUCAGGUGAUAAGGUGCAUUCAUAUAGGUCUUUUAUGCGUUCAAGAAUCUACAGCAGACCGCCCCACCAUGUCAAAUGUAGUCUUCAUGUUUGGUAAUGAAACCAGUCUUCCAUCUCCCAACAAGCCGGCAUUCGUUAUCCAAAGCAGAUGCGAGGAAUUACAAGCGCCAGCUGCUGUUAGACCUGAAAAUCCUUCCAUCAAUCAAGUGUCGAUAACUACAAUGGAAGCUCGCUAA